AUGGACGUGGAACCAGAUGCUGAAGAUGUGCGACCCACUACUUUGACACGUAUGGCUUUGGACAUCGCAGAGGGUGUAGCUUACUUACAUUCGCAACACUUGAUCCAUCGGGACAUAGCUUGUCGAAACUGUCUUGUAGGACCGGAUCGAACCGUGAAAAUAGGGGACUUUGGGCUAACUCGCGAAGUGACAAAAAAUGAUGCCGAAGGCUACUAUAGAUUUACACGGAAUUAUUUCCAGUUUGAUGAGUUCCCCAAUCUCUAA